GGCGUGCCCCGCAUGGCAGCCGGGGGGAGGAGGAGGAGGAGGAGGAGGAGGAAGAAGAAGAAGAAGAAGAGCCCCGCGGGGGGUGCGCGGCCGGGGCGGCCGGUGACAUCACGCGCGGAGCUGCAGCAGAGGGAGGCGGAAAAUGGCUGCUGCCAGAAUGUUUUUCAGGGAAUUUUUCAUAAAUCUUAAGAAUGACAAACAGAGAAGAGAAAAGGAAUGAGGAGAGAAGGUUAAAGCAAAGCUGUUGGCUCCCAGCUGAGAUUUGACCUCAGAAGGAGAAUCCCGGAGGUGAACAGGAGGUGAUUCAGACAAGAAGAAGUGAAAGAAGAAGACAUUUUACAGAGAGGCAUCUGCAGUCCUUACUCAGACAAGUGAGAGGACAGGGUGAGAAAACGCUGCUGGACUUCUCUUCCAGCUGUGUCUGUGUAACAAGAAAACCAUUUAAAAUGAAAAAAUUCACACUGUUUGAUUUUAUAAAUGACAACUCACUGCAAAUUGGAGAGACUUCGUGGAUUCAGGAUCUUCCCAGCGAUGACAGUGAACUAGAAGGAUUUCUGAAACCAAAUGAACAUGUGCUGGUAAACUGGCCUGUGGGAGAAAGAAAGACAGAAAAGCAUCUAGUGAAAGUUGUAUACAUGAGUGAUGACCCCCAAGAGCUGGUGGAAAUGAUGCAAAAGAUACUACAAGAGGAUGAAAUUACAAAAAUACAAGUCCUUGGAAAAGGCAAGAGGAAGAGGAUAGAAAUGAUAUUCUCAGAAAGUGAAGACAGUGACCUGGAUAAAGAACAGCAGAAGAUGAUGAAGCAUAUAAAAAGAAAAAAAGCAUUUCAGGCAUCUGCUCCUGCCAGCAUCCUGAGUCAACUUGAAACAUCUUUAAUUAACAAACAGAGAGAACCAUAUUCAGGAAGCAACUUUCUAUGCAGUGAAAGCAGCAGUGAUGAUGAAGAGCCUCUAUUUCAGCUUUCCAAGGUGGAAUUGUGUGCCAAAAUAAAAAGUCUCAAGAGGAAGCUGACAGACACCAUGAGAGAAAACUGCCGCCUGAGGCAGUCCCUGGUGAUGCUUCAAGUGUUGCCACAGGCAGUCACCCAUUUUGAGGAACUGGUAGGGAUGGCUGAAGCACUGCUCAAAGGGGGAGUGACAACGUCGUCAUCCAGUCUUCAUUCACACGCUGUUUGGAAAGCAUCUAACAACUCUUUAGCAGAUGUGUAUGCAACUAUGCAUAGUAACUCCAGCUCACCAGUAACUUUGAAUGUGGAAGAUGAGGAGCAACCGACUGAAAAACAGUUCAAGAUUGAAAAGUGGCAGAUCGCACUUUGUAACAAGAGCAAACCUCAAAAGUUUAUAAACGACUUGAUGCAAGCACUUUAUACGCAUGAAUACAUGGCUACACACAGCCUGACAGGUGCAAAGUCAUCCUCUUCAAAGGAUAAAGCAGCGAAACCAGCUAUGAAUCAGAAUGAAGUUCAGGAAAUCAUAGGAAUCACAAAACAGUUGUUUCCAAACACAGAUGAUGCUUUAAUUAGGCGAAUGAUGGGACAAAAACUGAACAAUUGCACCAAGAAGCCAAUUUUAAGCAAAGAUCAUAACUCAGGUGCUUUUCAGAAGCAUGGUUUUUGUGGUUCAGCAGCUGCUCCUCAGGGCAUCAUCCCUUCGGCUGUUCCUCCCAGCACGCAAGACCAGCAGGAUGAUGAUACACCAGCUGCUAAUGCACAAAAGCAGCAAAGCCACAGCCAUCUGACUCCUCCACCUCUCAGCACCCGAGGUCGGCAGGAGUGUUUCAGACCUACUUCUGAGGUGGAGUCUCGUCUCUCCAGAAGCUCAGCAGCGCCCUCUGCCAACCAGGGUUGUGGACAGGAUCUCAGGAAUUCAGACCAGGAAUAACGGAUGUACUUCAUGCCAAUUCAAGUUCCCGCUGGAGAUGAAGGAGUAGUAUAAAAUUAAAAUGAAAUAAUACUUAUUGGGCCUAGAACCAUUGGACAGAGACACUGCAAGCAGAGUAGAAGCUUGGGAGCCAUUUCCUCAAGUGAAAAUCCCUCAGCACAGAAAAAAAAUGAAGGCAUAUUAAUAUCUUUGGCUUUAAGAUAUGAUUAAAUAUAUGCAUGUUAUACUGUAAUUCAAAGAUAUAUAAACAUGAUCCAAAGAAUACAAGAACUGCUCCCCUUAGUUAGAAAAACACCACAUUAUUUAAAGUAACACCAAGAGAAUUUGUAAGAGGAUCCUUAAUUCCCUUUCUUUCACCUUGACAGCUGAUGGAGAACUGCUUUACUGAUCAGAGAAAGCUAUUACAUAUCGAUACAAAAGAGAUACUGAAGUAUGAAAAGAAAUACAAUAGAUAUUUGAGGACGCCGUUAACUUAGAAGGAAGAAAAAAAUCUCAGGGCAGUGAAACUAUAUUUCCCAAGAUGUCUGCAAGAAAGAAGCAGCUCGUUUUUAACCUCCAGAAUUUGGAAAGGCAAUGAAAGAAGCCUCAUUCCUUCUUAGCUCAGGGAAGAGUCCCCCAGGAUAGCCUGCUGAGUUGUGGAGGCCAUGGCUUCUCAUAGGCUUUUUACUGCUGGUGCUUUGGUUUGGCAGCUCUUGUUCUCUCUUCCCCGACCAUUGAAUCCAGAAGAUAAGGGUAACAAUUCCCUCCCAGUCAAAAAAUGGAAGAUAAUCUCUGGGAAGCAGCUAGUAAACGAUAGAACUGCCAGCUUUUUCUCCCUGUGUCUAGAUUUUGGUACACUGCUGUUGGAUUAGAGCGUAGGUGGAGAGGCAGAGCUUGUUCCUCACGGGGUUGGCACCAGAAGUCCCCCAGCAGAUGGGCAGUUCCUCUUGAGCUCUGACACCAUUGUCCCAGGGGCACAACUAGCAGUCAUGCACCCUGUAACUGCCUGAGGAGGAUGAGGAAUGGUACAUUUUUUUCCUUUGUGGACUGAUUCCAGUUUGUGUUGCAGUGUGGGAAAGAGAGAACACUUGGAUUAUAGCUUUCACACUUGAGGGUAUUUCUUCCAGAACAGAGAGUACUAACGGUUAAAUCUAUUUCAAUACUUGGCAAACAAGCAACUAAUGAAUCAAGAUGGGAAAAAAACAAAACAAAACCAACCAAACAAACCAUAACUAGCUUCAUUUGAGGAUUUCUGGAACUAGAAACAGUAUUAGGGUGAAUGCAAUGAAAAAAAAAUCAGAAGGUAAGGUUAGCAACUGAAUACCUCUGAAGAGAAGUGCUGGAAACCUUCCUUUAUUAGAACAAUGCAGUAAUAAAAUACAAAAAUACACUGUAGAGAAGGCUUCUGGAUGGGAUGGGGAAUAACUAAAGUGAUUUUACUAGCCUCAUUCAUCUCAUGUCUAUCAAUUCCUCGUAAAUAGGAUUAAGAUGAAAGUAGAUAGGACAAUAUGAUGUAAGUAAGUUUCACCUCACUGUCAUCCAUAAAAUGUAACUGGAGGAUGUUUGAUACUAUAUAUAUUUUGUAUAUGUAUCUGUAUAUACAGCAUACAAGAAUGUAUAUAAUUAAUCAUAUUUUUGAAGCAAAUUUCUAUCAAAUAAAAUGAAACAUUACUA